CGUCGCUUACAAAACAACCCGUACACGAGUGAGCUGCGCAUGUUACUGAGCUGCGCAGUUAGCGUUUGUCAUAAAGACUGAAGUAUAUUUCCAUUUCUCAGUUUUCUUUAUUCUAACGUAUGAUAAAUAAUUAAGAUGUCUAUUUUCACACCUACAAACCAAAUUCGACUCACCAAUGUGGCGAUCGUAAGAAUGAAAAAAGGAGGAAAAAGAUUUGAAAUAGCCUGUUAUAAAAAUAAAGUUAUGAGUUGGAGAUCGGGAGCUGAGAAGGACCUCGAUGAGGUCUUGCAGACUGACAAGGUUUUCAUGAACGUGUCCAAAGGACAGGUAGCCAAGAAAGAAGACUUGUCAAAAGCAUUUGGAACAGACGAUGUAACAGAAAUAUGUAAACAGAUUUUAGCUAAAGGCGAACUCCAGGUGUCAGACAAGGAGCGGCAGACGCAGCUGGAGCAGAUGUUUAGGGAUAUCGCCACCAUAGUAGCAGAAAAGUGCGUAAAUCCUGAGACAAAGCGACCGUACACGGUGAACUUAAUUGAGCGUGCAAUGAAGGACAUCCACUACUCCGUCAAAGCGAACAAGAGCACGAAACAACAGGCUCUGGAGGUGAUCAGACAACUAAAGGAGUCCAUACAGAUCCAGCGAGCACACAUGAGGUUACGCUUCGUUUUGCCCGCCAAGGAAGGGAAGAGGCUGAAGGAGAAACUCAAAUCGCUCAUUAAGGUUGUGGAGAGCGAAGACUUCGAUGACCAGCUUGAGAUGGUAUGCCUGAUCGAUCCUGGCUGCUAUCGCGAGAUUGACGAGCUCAUCCGCUGUGAGACCAAGGGAAAAGGGUCACUGGAGGUAUUGAGUCUGAAGGACGUGGAGGAGGGAGACGAGAAGCUGGAGUAGCCUCUGCUCAUCACUCUUAAACCCUCCACUGGACCGUCAGCCACACUACCUUAAAAUUCAGACUAGAAAUGAUGUACUUUGUAACGAAUUAACUGUUUCCCUGCACCUUGCUGAAUUUUUAUGAUUUUUUUCUUAAUGUUUUUCCAUUAAUGCAGAUUACGCAUUUGAAAUACGCAGUAUUUAUGCUUAGCUAACAGUUUGUUAUAUAGUUCAAUCUCUGAAUACAGUCCUUCUUUAACUGCAUAUAUUAUAUGGUAAUUUAAUGUUAAGAAUUAUUCAGGAACACAUUAUCUGCACCCUAGUGGGUUCCAAACCAGAGAAUGCUCCCUCUAUCCAGGUUAACAAACAGCUACCCUGGUACCCUAACUGGUGUUCAUUGACACUUGCACUUUGAGGUAGAAUUCAUCACUAGACAUGAGUCUACCAGUGACAAGUUUAAAAUAAUUUCUAUAUUAUUUGGUAAUUUGUCCACUCACAAUUUUAUCAGUCUUCUCCGAAAUGAUAGAGAAAGUACUGCCACUUUAAUUUUAUUAGUGAUUUACUUUCAUACAAAUACUUACUGGUAUAAAAUUAUACGCCAGAAAUGCAGUAACCCAUGCACAAAAUACUUAAUGUCUGAAGCUUUAAGGUAUCAAAUUAUACUCAAACACUGAGUUUUUUUUAAUUGUCAAAGGGAUUGCCAAUAAAACUGGGUCAUUAUAAUUUCCAAUUUACCUCCA